CAGAUGAUCAUAGUGAGCAGCUGCGAAGUGCCCUGCGCUGCUAUACAACUGUAUACCACGUCCUACAUGAGUAGUAGGGCCGGCCACCGUUGUCCUACACCCUUUCCGCCCAAGAUUCCACUUGAUCAUGAGUUGAACCGGCUGCUUCUUCUGUGACAAUCAAGUGAGCUCCGACUCCUCUUCCUGGUGCUGUCUUUGGCAGGCUCGGAGCUUAAGGUUGAGCAUCGCCAUUCCAACCAUUCUGUGUCCCAUCCGCAGUUGGUGACUACUGCAAUCAGCCCUUUGGAAGAUUUUUAUGUCAAGAAUCGUUCUCACCGGGCUCCUGGUUUGUAUGGCCUGCUACUACUAGUACCAGUAUUCAGCAUAUCCAGGAUCCCUCGCCCAAUUUAUUAUUGACAAAUAAUUUAGCGUCGCAAGCCGAGAGAAAGGAGAUUUGUGUGGUCAACAUGCAAGGGACCAGGUACAUUAUCGGGUCUCCGCCCUUCAAGCUGGUGUCCCGUCCGGAAGGAACUGUACGUACUGUACUCUCAUCCACUGCAAAUCAGCCACCCGCAUACCUACCGAAUGCUGCCCCUUUCGAGGAUUGUGUUCCAGACCAAACAUGCUGCGGGUGAUCUAUCGACGUUCUCGAACCAGCCACACAACGUGGCUCUCUGGGCGCCAGAAGGUCGACAAGAUCAUUCAGAGACGAACAUCGAUGCCGAUACUAGUACGGCCCGGUAGCCUGACCCGGGGACGCCGUAGUGCUCAGCUCCGACAGCGCCACGAAAAUAGAACGCAAUCAUGUUCAAGUCCUACACAUAUAAAAUAUAAUUAUACCACACGUGGCACCCUAUCCAUCGUUGCCUCCCUGUGGGCUUGCAUGGAUGCUUCCCUGAAAAGCAGCAGUCAAACUGGCAAUUGAGAGGAACAGUCUCCCGCUGCAAGAACUUGCAUAAACGACCGUCAAACCACUGAGUUUGGCUAAAUUCGAGGUCCCUUUCGUUCUUAUCGACGCACUGCCAGUGCAGAAACUGCAUAUCUGAUUGAUGGCCGACUUGAAAUACUGUCACUCGGUGCAAUGUCGCGCCCAAGUGAUUCUGAUUUAAGAUAAAGGAUAUGUGUAAUCCGCGUCCAUAUGUUGACUUAUUGCGGCCUGGGCAUGAACUCGCUUGGCUUGUUUGACGUUACGGCCACACCACUGCAUCCGAGGCGACUGCAUAUGGUGUAAGGAUGUGCGCCAUUGGUAUCAAUGAGGGUUGAAAGGACAGCAGCUUGAUAGUGAGAACAAUUGGCUCCCAGCCAGUGCACCAGAAUCGAAAGUCUAGAAGACAUUCCCAAUCCGAUAGUACUGUAACAAGAGAGCCAGAGCAGCAGGACUGUGGAGACCCAGGUAAAUUCAAUGUGCCUCCAGUGAGAGAGAAGGGGUGCCUGCCCUGCGCAGGGUAGUCCAAAUGCCUGUGACUUCAUCAGCAGAAAGCAGAGAGUCACGGUCGAUAUUCAGCAGAGGUGGAGGUCUGAUCGCUCAAUAUGACAAGCUUAAGGAGCAAAGCAGCCACAGGGAAGUAGAUACUGUGGGAUAACAAAACUGGAAAGACCCCGACGGCCACCUGGGCGACGCCGGCUGUAA